ACUUUAAUUGGAUUUAAACCAUGCCAUUCUCCAAACGCGUGGUGCAGCCGCAGCGGCUCUGCAGGAGGACCACGGCGGAGGAGGAGGAGGCUGCUCCGCUGGAGGACCUGGGCUCCGUGAGCAGCGCGGCUCUGUCCCGGAGCCUCCUGCAGCUGUCGGACCUGGCCAGGCAUGCAUGCUCCGUGUUCCAGGAGCUGGAGGACGAGCUGGUGGCCGCCGGGCUGCGGGUCUGCGGGCUGCAGAGCCGGAUCACUGGGAUCCUGCAGGUCUGCGGCGGGCUGGACCCCAGACAGGAGGCAGUGCCGGUGUCUAACCUGGACGUGGAGAGUAAGCUGACGGUACAUUACGGUUCUCCGUGGCUCCUACAGAGGAACAUCUUCAGACCCUCCACGAGGCCGGCAUGUGUCGUAGACCUCCACAGACAGGCCAACCUCAGCCUGGCGGCCGUACAUCAAGAACACCAGAGGAGACGAUCGGGCAGCAGAGAGCGGAGAGUCACCAUCUCCAUCUCGGCGGUGCCCCCGAUGCCCAUGUACCCCCCCGCACUGGUCGCCCAGCAACAGAGGGGAACCGAUCUGACCUCGUUCGAUUCCACCCGCUCCUCCUCCCCUACCGAAUGUUGCCGCUUCUCUCCCUGGAGCAGAAAGGCCGUGACCUCUGACCCCGACGCCGACGGGGUGGCUCUGGGUCACCGGCACAAGUUCCCCAUCCCUAACACCCCCACCACCCUGGACAAGCAGACUAACUGGUCCAGAGCCCUGCCGCUGCCCACGCCAGAGGAGCGAAUGAAAAGCAGUUCACAAGUCAUCAACUCGUGUGUCAUCCCCAUUAACGUGACCGGCGUCGGUUUUGACAGAGAUGCCAGUGUGCGCUGCUCGCUGGUCCACUCGCAGUCUGUGCUUCAGAGGAGGAGGAAGCUGAGGAGGAGGAGGACCGUCGCCGGCGUCCCCGACAGGUGCACCGAAAUCUGGGACUCCAACGACUCUCCUGGCUCCAGAGAGCGGACGGUGAUCGUUCACAGUCCCGACGUCACUCCCUCCACCGACGACCUGGACGCCCACCUCGGCACCCGAGACUCCGGCUGCCAGACCGAAGACUUCCUGAUCUCAGGAGCUCCGUCUCGGAGGAGGAUCCGGUCCCAGAGAGGCCAGACCGUCUCCCUCUCCCUCUCACACUCUGCGGGCAACAUCCUGUUCCUGUCCGACAGCGCCGACGCCAUGUUCUCCGCCUCUGUCGGCGACCGCCUGCGCUCCCGGAGUCUGCCAAGAGACGGGAGGCGGAUGAUGGUGGACGAAGGUCACAGCGACGAUGAUGAGGAGGAGGAGCUGUCCCCCUUUGACGCCGAGGACUUCCUGCCGGGACCCGGGGAUCUGCUCCUGAAGGACGGGGAGGAGAGCGUGGGCGACCGGGCGGCGUCCGACCGCCAGCUGGGCCGGAAGUACAAGCAGCUCCCGGAGAGUCCGGAGCGAAGCUGGAUGGAGAGGACCAGGUCCCGGCUGCCGAGGAAGGCCGACAUGGGCAGCUGUGAGAUCUCGUCCAGCUCGGACACCUUCAGCAGCCCCGUCCAUUCCGUCUCUGCCGCCGGCGUCCAGAUGGACCACAAGGACGACCACCAGUCCUCCAGCGGGAACUGGAGCGGGAGCAGCUCCACCUGCCCCUCGCAGACCUCGGAAACCAUCCUGCCGGCGGCCUCCCCGCCGCUGACCGGAUCCUCGCACUGCGAUUCGGAGCUCUCGCUGAACGCCGCCGCUCACAACCAAGACGACCACGCCGGCUUCUUGCUGGACCACUAUCAGGGUCUCAGGACCCAGCGGGCGGGCUCCUUCUCCUCCACGGCUAUGGACAUAUUAGAGGAGGCCGGGGUCGGAGCUCCCGUGGAGGAGGAGUGGCGUUUCCCCGACGCGGAUCAGCGGCGCCCUCGGGACUUCAGCCCUGAGCCCAACAGAGAGGCGGAGAGCAGCCUGGGCUGCCCGAGCUUCACCAGCAUGGCCACCUGCGAGAGCAGCUUCUCCGACAAGCCGCCGUCGGACACCGUCUCGCACUACUCCGUAGACACCGAGGGUUACUACACCUCCAUGCACUUUGACUGCGGCAUGAAUGAAAGCAGGAGUUUCUCUUACGGAUGUUCAGCUCCCGGCUCCGAGUCGGACUUCGGCGGUCACAUGACUCUGGGAAGGCGCUGCCUCUCUUUGAAGAAACCAAAGGCGAAGCCGUGUCCGCCGAAGAGGAGCUCGUCCUUGAGAAAGAUAUGCAGUGAGGGACACAUCCCUGACAACAAAGAACCAAAGAUGUCUUCCAAGGAGAGGAAACUGCAGCUGGUCUUGUCCAACUCCUCGCUCUCCAGAGAGCCCCUGGUGGUCUGGGGUGUCGAGGACUCAGCCGAUCUGCCGGAUUUAGGGGUCUUUAGCGCCACGGAUGUGCAUUCGUUUAAGGACGAGGGUGUCGUGCAGUCGGACUACGCAGAUCUGUGGCUCCUGAACGAUUUAAAAUCCAGCGACCCUUACCGGUCUCUGUCGAACUCGAGCACGGCGACGGGCACAACCGUCAUCGAGUGCAUCAAGUCGCAGGAGAGCUCCGAGUCUCAGACGUCGCUGUCCGGCUCCAGAGCCACCACGCCUUCUCUCCCGUCGGUGGAGGACUUCAAGCUGACGUCUCCGGAGAAGCUGGCGGGUCUGGCCAGCCCGUCCAGCGGGUACUCCAGCCAGUCUGAGACCCCGACCUCCUCGUUCCCCGCCGCCUUCUUCCCUGGACCGAUGUCGCCGUCCAGCGGCAAGAGGAAGCCCAAAGUCCCCGAGAGGAAGUCGUCUCUUUCAACGCUGUCGCUGCAGUCGCUCUCCUCAUCGAGGAGGGACCUGGAGCUGCCCAUAAUCCCCCCCUCCCACCUCGACUUAAGUGCCCUUCACGCUUUCGGAGACAAGUCCUCGGCAUACCGGACCCCGAUUCAGAACCUUCAGCAAAACAAACCCAAAGCUCCGGUGUUGCCCAAACCCGCCUAUCCCAUGUUCAUCACACCCUCAGCGCUGCACUCAGUCCAGCUCCGAUCCGUCGCAAAGGAAAACGGAGGACGCCACGAGGACAAAACCACUCCCACGCUCACAUGCUCCAAUGAGAACCUAACCAGCAUACUUUCCUGUAGCACAUCUGCUGAGCUCAAGAGUCCUUCGCGUCCACAUCACCCGCCCACCGAGGGGUCGUGUGAAUCCGCGUUUACCUCGAACAAAGAGCUCGCCAAUGGAGAGUGUCGGAAUGAGACGAGAUGCGCACUGGACCGAGAGGAGGCGCCAUUAAUACCGCAGUCGGAGACGACGGUGAACGGAGAUGAAGAAGAGAUGUGCAGAGAGUCGGCAGAAACACCUGAGGCUUUACAGCUGCAAAGACGUGAAGAAGAAAAAGAAGAAGAAGAAGCAGCUCUCUCUGUGCAGCACAGUUCAACCAAUGGUCUUGAUACAGCGGCGAUUGCUGACGGCCAAUCAGAGGCGUUGAAAGUGAGUCCAAUUAGCGACGAAUGUAGAAAAGAGGAGGAGUGUGAGUCGCCGGAUGCUUCAGCCCAGAAUGGCUCUCAGGACGGAAAGGACGAGUCCACAACGGAGGCCGAGGAUUACUUCAGUAGAGACUCUACAACCAGUGUAGCUGCAGCGUCUCCUCAGAUUGACGAGUCCCGGCCCGAGGACGACGCUGUGUUUCUGUCCCCCACCAAGACUCGGACCACCGAGGAUCUAUUCGCCAUGAUUCACAGGUCCAAAAGGAAAGUGUUGGGCCGGAAGGAUUCAACGGAGCUGAACGUGAGGAACCGCAUCGGUGCUGUGUCGGGGAACACGCCGCCCAGCAGCACUGGGAGCUCCCCAGUCUCACUGGUUUCGCCCUCCUCCUCCUCAUCCACCGCCGCCGCCACCGCCGCUGCCACCGCCGCCACCGCCGCCGUGACCCCACCGGGCCUCCACAGGGUCUCUGGACCCAUCUACAGGAGCGCCAAGAAGUCCAGCACCUCCAACGAGGAGUUCAAACUGCUGCUCCUCAAAAAGGGCAGCCGCUCAGAGUCGAGCUACCGCAUGUCGGCGGCAGAGAUCCUCAAGAGUCCCGUCACUCCUAAAUCCUCUUCAGAUUCCCUGAUGGAGUCACCGAGACCGACCGAAGACCCCGACUCCCCCCUACAGCACCAGUCGGGACCAGAUCAGCUCUCCAGCCCUUACCCCAAAGCCUACGCCGAGGGCUUCUCCCCGAAAUCCUUCUCCUCACCGACUUCCUCCAGACAUGGCCGCUCCAGAAUCCCGCCGCCGGCCAACAGCAGCCGAUACGGCGCUCGCAGCAGACUGUACUCGGUGCCCAUGCAGGCGAUCUCCGAAGGCGAGGCGGAGAACUCGGACGGAAGUCCUCACGACGACCGCUCGUCACAGGGUUCCACGUAGAACACAGAGAGUCAAGAGGUAUGAAAUUCUGUUAGUUUACAGAGAAAACAAAUGGACCAGAAUGAGUUCUAAUAUAUAUUUAAUAACAGUUUGUUUAAAAAAUAAUCGGAAUUUGACGGAAUUUUA